AUACUGAGAUUAAUCAGAAGGACUGGACACAGACAGUGUGACCCUUUCUGCACACAUUGUGCGUGUGUAAAUCAGUUGAGGGACAUACUAUGAAAGCUGUUUCGGUGAAAUAUUGUUACAGGACAUUUUUGUAACCGGGGAUAAUGUCCGCUUCCUCAGACUCCACCGAGUUUACUGCGGAGGCAGUAGAGAGGGCUCUUCAGCAGCUGUACUAUGAUCCGGACAUGUUGCAGAAAAACGUGGCGCAAAAGUGGCUGGCGCAGGCCCAAGCGUCGCCGCAGGCGUGGCACUUCUGCUGGGCACUGCUGAGCCCGGACAAGGUGCCUGAGAUCCAGUUUUUUGGGGCGAGCACGCUACACAACAAGAUCUCCAGCCACUGGCAGGAGCUCAGUUCCGAGCAUCGUGAGUCUCUUCGCUCUCAGCUCCUCACCCACCUGUGCCACUUCGCCCUUGGCCCCAAGGUGGUGCUGACGCGCCUCUGCGUGGCCCUGGCGUCUCUGAUCCUCCACACGCUCCUCGAUUCCUGGCCCAGUGCCGUGCCUGAUCUCCUGAGGGCGUUCCAGGGCGGGGAGGGCACAGCCGAGGCAGAUGGCCGGCGCCCAGUCCUGUUAGAGGUGCUCACCGUGUUGCCCGAGGAGCUCCAGAGCAGGAAGUUCACACCAGGGACUCGCGCCAGGAUUCAGGCCACCCUGGCGCAAGAGUGGACCUUGUUGUGUCCACUGCUGAGGGAGCUGCUGCGCUGUGAAGACUCGGCGUGCAGCGUGAAGGAGCGAGCUCUGCGCUGUCUGCCGUCCUGGCUCGCACUUGGUGUCGACUUGGGUGAGAGUGAAGGAGUGUUGCAGGACAGCUUGGCGCUACUUAAAGUGCCUGAGCUUUUUGACACGGCUGUGGAGAGCAUCGUCGGGUCACUCUCGGUGCCUGACUGGCAGAGGUCUGUGGACAGCCUGGUGAAUAUGUUGCCCUGUGUUCUGGAGCUCCAGGAGCAGCUGAAGAGGGCUGUACAGGACAGAGACAUGGAGACGUCUCACGGGAUCUGCCGCGUCGUCGUCGCUCUCGGCGAAACUCACUGCAGAACAUUGCUGGAACAGAUCGGACACUGGCAGGGUUUCCAGGCUCUGGUCGGUAUGAUUCUGUCCUGCACUGCGAUUCCUGGCCACUACCCGGUGGACGAGACCUCCAGCUCGCUCACACUUGCAUUCUGGUACACGCUGCAGGACGACAUCAUGUCACUGGAAACUGAGAAGCAGACAUUUUACCUGCAGCUCUACAGACCUGUGUACUUCCAGCUGGUCGAUGUUCUACUGCACAAAGCGCGCUUUCCCAACCAGCACGACUACGCCGCCUCAUGGUCUUCUGACGACAAGGAGCAAUUCAGAACCUACAGAGUCGAUAUCUCGGACACUCUGAUGUGCUUGUAUGAGUUGCUGGGCCCUGAGCUGUUGCGAAAACUGUAUGACAAACUCGGUGUGCUGCUGACCGACGCGACACGCUCGCACUCCUCCUCGUGGCAGGAUAUAGAGGCGCUGCUGUUUGGUUUCCAGUCCAUAGCCGACACGGUGGACGUCGGUUACUCGGACGUGAUUCCAGGUCUGAUCGGCCUCAUUCCGCUCAUCUCGGUGACCAGCGUUCAGCUCGCAGAGACCGUCAUGCUCACGCUAGGCUCUCUGGCCGAAUGGUUGGCCGAUCACCCAGUCAUGGUGCCGUCCGUCCUGUGCAUCGUCCUGCCUGCCCUGUCAGACGCUGACCUCUCCGUACCAGCUGUCUCAGCGCUGAAGAGAAUCUGCCGCGAAUGCAAGCAUCACCUUUACCCACAUGCCAACGACAUCCUGGCAUCCUCACAGGAUGCACUCGUUAAGAAAAUCCACAAGAGCCCUCAAAGCAUGUGGCUCAUGCAGGCUCUGGGAUUUUUACUCUCAGCCAUGCCGGACGAGGAGAUCCCGGAAAAACUGCUCUCGCUGCUCUCGCCUCAUAUCCGGGAACUGGAGAGGCUGGCUGAUCAGGUGCCCAGCCCUGCCACUAAAUGCUUCACACUUCAUGUUCUGGGCCUGAUCUCCAGCCUGUUCUCCACUCUUGACUUGAGCGCGCACGGCGAAGGACCAGACGGGGUUAAAGGUUGCAGAUUUGCUGCUCACAGCAAUCCGGUAGUAGUCGUGCUACAGCAAGUGUUUCCUCUCAUCCAGACACUCCUGAGCAAGUGGCUGAAAGACACCGAAGUGGUGGAGGCCUCGUGUGCCGUUUUCGAGAAAUCGCUGAAGACCCUCGGCGGCGAUUUCGCUCCUCUCGUACCUCAGCUUUGUGAGCUGAUUAGUCAGAUGUUCAGCGCCUUUCCGCAAGCCUCUGCUUUGGAUCUCGUACGACAGUUGCUUCAGAUAUUUGACUGCGACAAGGAACACGUCUCGUCGAUUGCUGCGGUUCUGGAACUUGUCACGAACGUCACCGUGUCUGUUUUUCAGCAUGGUGCAAGAGACCAUCCUGACGUGGUCGAGUCGUUUAUGAAGCUUCAUGCACAGGUUUUGAAAAGGAAAGCAGAUCUGUAUUGCUCCGAGGGUCUUGAUAUCAGAGCGGUCUUCUACUGUGGUGAGAGCCUCAAGUGGCGCAUUUAUACCCAAACACCCGCUGUUUCAGAUAAACGAAAUCCCUCACAGCUCACAGGUGAGUUGUUUGUUUUGUUUAUUUCCUUUCCCCUGCUUCCUCCUGCAGGGAUUUUAGCUCUCAGAUUUCCCGAGACGCCCACUCUGAAGUCCACUUGCGUGCUGUUUGUAAGUUGUGCUGCUUUUUUUUUCCUCGAUUGCACCGAAACACCGAUCUGUUCCCGGGAGAAGCCCGUUGCCUCAAUCUGGUACCUGUUAUCAUCUUCUAUGUUAUUUUUUUUAAUCAUAUCAAAUUGCGUUCAGACAGAGCUGAUGUCUCGCUGCGAGGACGUCCCUGACGUCCGAGGUGUGCUGCAGGAGGAAGGCCUGCUGCUUCUUCAGACCCUGCUGGAGGCUAUUGGUAUCCAGGCUCCCCGGGGCCUGCAGGAGCACCUGGCCGAGGUUCUGUUCUCCAUCAGUCUCCACUGUCCCAGCUUGCUGGCGACUCGGUUGAGAGACGCCCUGCAGCCUGACGUCUUCACCUUCUUCCCCUUACUCACUCCGGAGCGCAAAGAGUGUUUCUGCCAGCAGAUCCUCAGGGAACAAGUGAGUAAGCGAAAGAUGAGGGACAUCGUGAAGGAGUUUUCCCUGUCGUGUCGGGGUCUACAGGGAACGGAGGACACUGCGGAUUACUGAACAUCCAAGUAUUUACGGACACUUCACGAUCAAACCUGAAGAGAUCACGGUUGUGGAAAAAAACCCAACGCACAGAGGUCUCUGUGUUUGCCUUUUUUCCAGACUUUUAAAAUCACAAGGUCGUGGUUUUCGGACUAUUUUCAUAUUAUACUGUAUAGGGUUUUUUUUUUUAAAUGUGUGUUCAAUCUAAGCAAGAACUGUGCACUACUUUAUCAUCAGCUGCCUUCACAAAGCCAUCGACAUGGUCCCAGGUUCUUCUCCCUGGUGUCGCUGAUUACAGAGUUUGCACUCAGGUGUUACACUUUGUUACUAUUUUAUAUCGGAAUUCUCCAUUCCGAUGGGUCAGAAGGUGUUGCUUCAGUGUUUAUAUUUAAAGUGCUCGUUCUAAUUCAUCUCGACGCUGAAUAAUGGGGGGAAAAAAACCAAAACAAACAAAGUUUUCAUAAACCACUAA